UAAAUUAUGGCGGCAUGUCAGAUGUUAUUAUACGAUACUUGUGGAGGCAUGCAGAUAUAUUAUUCAAGCAGCAAGCAAAAGAACGUGGCAACUACCGUGCUUAAGCACACUGUCAUCCAUACCAUCGGAGAAUACGGCUACACUUAAUAGGAAGAAGUUUUUGUGUGCGUUUACUAUUAAAAUGAAUUUAAAUAGGAAAUUAAGUUACAAAAACUUAAAAGGCAUGCCGGCUAACUUACGCAAUAAACUCAUAAGAGAAGCGCGAAAUCGAAACGAAAAUAUCUUGGGUAGAAAGAACAAAAAAUUCGUUAAUAUUGAUGCCAAAAAAGUACAGAGAAAACAAAAAAAUGCUUUUGAACAUGCUGAGCACAAAGCAAUGCUGUCUGCCACAGAGGAGGAGCUUGAGAAGAUUCUGUCCAGCUACCCUGAGCUGUCAGAUGUGCCUGCUGAUGCCACGGCGCAGGAGUUAUUGGGACAGCUGGCUCUUGCCACGGGCCAGGCUACAACUGUCUACGUGAUGCGCACUGGGCUUCCAACAUUAACAGUAGUGCUCCAUCAGCCCUCGCCAACGAUUGCUCAACUCAAAAAGGCGAUCGCCACGAUCGCGCUUGCUCAGCAUAAGCGAAGUCAGCGCCAACAAGUUCGUGCGCUGGCCGAAGACGAAGCUGGGGCUGGAGCAGCAAGCAAAGCAGGUGCCGAGUUAGUUAACUCUGCACAGCGCACCGGGCACGUUCAUCGCGCACAGGUCUCUUGGCGUUUUCUAUGGCGCUGCUAUUGCUUGUUCAACGGAGACGAAUUUGUGCCGAUCGAUGACAGCGCUGAAAGCGGACGCGCAACUCUAACGUCGCUGGGCAUUAAGAACGGAGCCAAACUUACAUUUGUACAUCGCGCCGUUUAUUUCGGUCGUCGGCGACAAGGCCCUAAAAAGCCAGCAAAAAUUGAAGAAAGUUAACAAAACCUAAAUAA